AAAAAAAAAAAAAAAAGUCUCCGGGGCAUUACAAGGAAGAUGCUCGGAAGUAACACCAAACUUUUACGCUCUGUGUGAAAGAUGGAAUUGGGAAUCCACAAGUAACCGCGUUAACAAAUGCGAAGCUUCGACGAAAUUCAAAGGGGGUCCGCAUUGAACUUAAAAAGGACAACAUAAUAUGCUGAUUCUGCAUCAUAAGAAAGGAAAAUUAAGCUCUUCGUUCUAACCUGUUAACCUGUAGCAGAGGUCAGCUUUUUAUACAUAAUAAUGGCUGAAGUUGUACUUCCUUUUGUAUUAGAAAGGCUCGGAGAAGUACUAGAGCAAAUCCAAUUAUGCAAAGAUGUUCGUCAGCAAGUACAGCGGUCGAGGGAUGAACUCAAGCGGAUGCAGUGCUUCUUAAAAGAUGCUGAUGCGAAGGAAGAAGGUGAUAUGCGGGUGCGUAAUUGGGUUUCUGAUGUCAGAAACGUUGCUUAUGAUGUUGAGGACCUCAUUGACACCUACGUCUUUAAACUUGAAUCCUUGAAAAGAACCCACUUUAUAAAAAGGCACGCUUUCAUUUUUCGAGAAUGGAAGCUGCGAUCCAAGAUCAGUAACGGUCUGGAGAGCAUCCACUUAAGGAUCUCUGACAUUUCUAUCAGCCGUGAGACAUAUGGGAUCAAGAAUGUUGGGGAGGCAACUACUCCUGCAAAUGAGAAGUUGCUGAAGCUGCGGCGAACAUCUGCUCGUGGUCAGGAUAUGGACAUUAUCGGGUUGGAGGAGGAUAUAGACACUGUCGUGAAGCAGCUUGUACAGGAGGAUCAGUGGAGGGCAAUCUCAAUAGUUGGCAUGGGAGGGAUCGGUAAAACCACUUUGGCAAAAGAAGUUUAUAACCAUGCUGAUGUUCGAGCUUGUUUCGAUUGUCGAGCUUGGGUUUAUGUAUCCCAAGACUUCAAAACCAGAGACAUUCUGCAGGGGAUUAUAAAACAAGUUUCAAGAACAAGGAAGUAUUUGAAAAAUUUGGGAGAAGAAGAGCUGGAGGAGAUGCUGUAUGAACAUCUGCAGAGGACUCGUUAUCUGGUGGUUCUAGAUGAUAUAUGGAGCAACACGGCUUGGGAUAGUAUUUCAAAGGCCUUCCCAAAUGGUUGCAAUGGAAGUAAGUUGUUGCUCACCACUCGUAACAACAAUGUUGCUUUGCAUGCAGAUUCUCAAAGCAUUCCCCAUGAAAUGAAAUUUCGAAGCAAAGAGGACAGUUGGAAAUUGUUCUGUAGGAAAACAUUCGUCGAAAGCAUUGACAGAGCAUGUCCAUCUCAAUUGAAGCAAAUUGGAGGAGAAAUUGUGGAGAAAUGUGAUGGUUUACCUCUAGCCAUCAUCGUAUUGGGAGGUUUGCUUUCGAGGAAAAGAAGACUGACAGAAUGGGAAAGGGUUCUAAACACCAUUCACUCGUACUUUGCUCGAGAUCCAAAUGGGGUGUCGGCUAUACUGGCUUUAAGCUUUUAUGAUUUGCCCUAUUACCUAAAGUUUUGCUUUCUGUAUUUAGGAUCAUUUCCUGAAGACUAUUUGAUCACUGCACGUAAAUUGUAUCGGCUAUGGAUUGCAGAAGGUUUGAUCCCACAACAUGGAGAAAGGAUGGAGGACAUAGCAGAGGACUAUCUGAACGAGCUAAUUGAUAGAAAUAUGGUUCAGGUGGCAAGGAUGAGUGCAAAUGACAGGGUCAAACAUUGUCAACUUCAUGACUUGAUGAGAGACCUUGCUAUCUCCAAGUCUAGGGGGAUGAAUUUUUUUGAGACUUAUGUUAAUAUGGAUUCAGCACCUUCAGUUAAUGCCCGUCGUCUUGCUAUUUACUCUAGCUAUGAUUGCUUCUUUGAAAAUUCAGUUCCACACCUACGGUCUCUCCGCUUCUUCAGAGUAAAUAAUCAAAGUUGUAGUAGUGAUCUGUUUUCCAUCUGCAGAAAAUUUAAACUCAUUAAAGUCUUAGAUUUGGAGGAUAUGAAGUUGGAUGCUGGUGUUCCGGACGAAAUUGGGGAACUGUUUCAUUUGAAGUACUUGGGUUUAAGACAUUGCAACUUAUCUUGGCUACCAAAAGGAAUAGGUUCUUUGUCUAAUCUUCAAACUCUUGAUAUCGGUGAAAAUUGUAAUCUUAGGACGCUUCCUAAUGUGCUAUGGAAGUUGAAAAAUCUACGACAUCUUUACAAGAAUGCUUAUCCAUUCAAUGACCUGUUGCGAAUUGACACCUUACGACAUCUCCAGACUCUGUCAGACUUAGAGGUUGAAGAUUGGAAGCAAGCAAAUCCUGCCCAUUUAAUCAAUCUUCGGAAAUUGGGAUUGAGAGGAAGCUUCAGCAGAGACAAAAAUAAGAUCUUUAAUUCCUUAUCCAAGCUUAUGUCCCUCCAAUCCUUGUUCCUUCAUACUCAAGAUUGUGUGUUUCCGUCACUCUCUCAACUUUCUUUUCUUGGGCGUGUCAUCAAGUUGCACUUAAGAGGAGGGAUAGCAGAGUUACCAAACCCACAUGAAUUCCCUCCGAAUCUGACUCAGUUGAUCCUACAUCAAUCUCGUCUUAGCAACGAUCCUAUGGAGAUACUGAAGAAGCUUCCUUAUCUAUUUGCUCUCAGGUUGAAAGCAUCUUCUUACAGUGGCAGAACACUUGAAGUUUCUGCUGAUGGGUUUCAUCAGCUUGAGUUCCUAGAGCUUGAAUUCUUGGAAUGUUUGCAAGAGUUAAAUGUUGAAGAAAAUGCAUUGCCGAAGCUUAGAAGUUUUCAAAUUUCCAAUUGCAGGGGUUUGAGGAUGAUUCCGGAAGAGAUAAAGUCUGUAACUACUCUCAAGGAGUUGGAAAUCAAAGAGAUGCCGAUUAGAUUUGUAGAUAGGUUGCAAGGUGAAGAUCGUUACAAAGUACAGCAUGUUCCAUCCAUCACAAUCCUUUAGUUUGUUUGUUUGAUUUUGUAAAUCAAUGUACGAGUAGAGUGCUCUA